CCACCACAGACUUUAUUUGAGCCCAGAGCUCACUGUGGAUUAAACAUCAGCUGAACGGACUCCUUCCUGGUGAACAAGAUGGAGAGCGGUGCGGAAGGGGAACUAACUCAGAGGUGUCUUCAUGUCAAGGAACAGAGAAAUGGAGAGCUGACGGGCCCAGAGCUCCCUGUGGACGAGAGAAAGCAGAGGGACAGGGAGGAGCGUGAAACCCUGGUGUUAUGGAAGAAACCGCUAUUCACACUCCACUACUUCACUCUGGAGCUGCUCAUCACUCUUAAAGAAUGGAUGUCAAGGCUCUGGCAGCAAAGACAGACUGUGUUUGGCCUACUGAUCCUGCUUAUCCUCCUCUCCAUUGCCUACCGGGUUGAAGGAACACACCAGAAGUAUGUGUGUUACAUGGAGAAGAAGACUCUGUGGUGCGCCUACUGGGUCGGCCUGGGCAUCCUCUCCUCGGUGGGUCUUGGCACCGGCCUGCACACCUUCCUCCUUUACCUGGGACCACACAUAGCAUCUGUGACCCUGGCGGCAUAUGAAUGUGGCUCGGUGGAUUUCCCCGAGCCACCCUACCCAGACCAAAUAGUCUGUCCUCAGCCUGAAGCACCAGCAGAACUAGGCUCGGAUGCUGAGCAGGUGGGCGUGGAGGCUGCGGGGGUGGGGUCAGAAACCCUCCAGCGAAGCAUCUCCCUAUGGACCAUCAUCUCCAAAGUGCGCCUGGAAGCUUGUAUGUGGGGUGCAGGCACCGCCAUAGGAGAGCUUCCUCCCUACUUCAUGGCCCGAGCUGCACGGCUCUCCGGCGCUGACCCUGAUGACGAGGAUUACCAGAAGUUUGAGGAGAUCCUGGACCAGACACAGUCUGCACAGGACUUUGCCACCAGAGCAAAAGUAGCUGUGCAGAAACUCAUCCAGAAAGUCGGCUUCUUGGGGAUUUUAGCCUGUGCCUCUAUACCAAAUCCCCUGUUUGACCUGGCAGGAAUAACAUGUGGACACUUUCUGGUCCCGUUCUGGACGUUUUUUGGUGCAACACUCAUUGGGAAAGCAGUUAUCAAAAUGCACAUUCAGAAACUGUUUGUGAUCGUCACCUUCAGCAGGCACAUAGUGGAGCAGAUGGUCUCCCUCAUCGGGAGGAGAACUGGCUGUCGUGGCUCUUUGAGAAGGUUGUGGUCAUCAUGGUAUGCUUCUUUGUCUGCUCCAUUGUCAACUCUAUGGCCCAGAGCUAUGCCAAGCGCAAGCAGCAGGAGAAGCACUCGGAGGACAAGACGGAGUGAAGGCCAGCUUUGCGAUCACGGCAAAGCAUCAACUUCAGAAGCUACCACCGCUCCUUUCUUCAUGUCCGCUCUGCCUCCUGGCUGAUACCACGCCAUUAUCUGAAGCAAUAUAUCUGCCCCCAUCUGGUUUCUCUCUUGUUAUUGUAGCAACAUGUUGAUGUUGAACUUGGACUCCCAUUUACUUGCUUUUUAAGGCUUUGCAUUUGGUAGUGAUUUCCGCGAUUGUUGUGUGUAAGGUAGGUGCUUGUUGGGUUACGUAUGAGUGUCUUUAAGCUGUUGUGUUGUUAAAGUGUCCCAGUUGGUGCUUUUAGCAGCUCCAGAGCACGUGAGAAGAAACUGCUGGUAAUAAUUCUCCUCAGUGAGGCCUUAAGCUGCACUGUUCGCUCCACUAGAGGAACCUUCAAGACUUAUGUCUCCAUAAACUCACUUGAAUUCACUUUAUUUGAAUAAGCUAGGAUGGUUACUUUUGAUUAAGUGGUGAGUGUUCUGUAAAACCAGCACGAUAUUUGUCCAAUAAUCUCUUUAUUUAUAAUUUAUAUUUACAAGUUUAAUGAUAAGAUAUUCUGUAUUUAUUAAGAGUUGCCGUGCAGUAUUGGGUUGUGGUUAGAUAAGACAAGUAAAUAGACUGUAAAUAAUUGUGUCCU